CACAAUGAUAAAAUCACCGUAGAGGAUUUCCUGUUCCGCCUGGACCAUCUGCGCCAACAUUAUGGGUGUGAAUGGGCUGACGUGAUGCGAGAGUUUCACCAUCUCCUGACCGGCGAAGCUAGAGAAUGGUAUUGGCUCUUUGUAAAAACGUACCGAGUCGCCGAUUGGCCUACGCUACAACAGGCACUUCAGCGCCGAUUCAGCUCCUAUCGCAGCGAUUUCGAGAUACAGAGAGAGCCCACCGAACGGAAGCAGCAACCUGGUGAAUCAGUAGACGCGUUCUUUCAUGCUAUGGGUGUUCUCCGCUCACGCCUGCGUAAUCCCAUAGCUGAGUACGAAGCGGUAAAACUUUUUAAAUGCAACCUCAGGGAGUCGCUGGCGCGAAUGGUGUACCCAAUGCCAAUCUGCCAGCUGCCAGCUGCGCAUAGAAUGCAUAGAAGCAGAAAGAAGUUUCCCUCGACGAGAGCGUGCCUCUCAGGGUAUGGUUCAUCAACGCGCAUACCAGGCAAGUGAGCUCGCGUUUGACAAAAGCGGUGAUCACGAACUCGGCGCCGAUGAGGGUCAAGUACGUCCAAAUUGCCAGCAAGGUCGAGCGGCAGGACGAGAGCUGGGCCAAACGAAAAGAACUUUGCACUGCUGGAAUUGCGAACAAGAGGGUCACUUUUUUACAGACUGCAUGGCAUUGCAAAGAAAAAUCUUUUGCUUUA